GUUUGCAUUACGGCGAAUUUCACAUUCGCGCGGGCUAACCUGGAAUUUUUUUUUUUUUUUUUUUCUCCCCCCUCCACGUUUGCGUUACCACUAAAUUCACUCACUCUCUCGCUGGGUGAACGAACGCGACAUUCUGUGCUUCUGUUUCACAUUUCGGUCUCGUCCGUGCCGUGGAAACUUUCGCAAUGGUCGCGGGACUAUGUGGAAUUAGCAGCUUGUCUGUAGAAAUGUUUAAUUGAAGUGUGUUUGUUACAAUGGCAGAACUACCCUCUGGACUGUUGGAGACAUGCGUGGUGGUUGGAGCCUCCAGCGAUAAGCUCAGAGAUGUAUACCAGCUUCAUCAACAAAAUAAGUUUGUGGAAUUUCCCUUACUGGAUGCAGAGGUGCUGCAGGUCCAUAUCCCGCCUUUUGUCUCCAAGGAGACCAAUUCCAGUCAUGUGAUUGGUCCCACCUUUAGCCGUGUGCAGCGGCGGAGAAGUUUCAUCAGGAAGAAGAGGCGAGACUGUGCUCCAGACGCAUGGCAUAACGGGGAAGCCGCCAAUCAGUCGGAGGUAUCCGUGACAACGGAGGACAUCAGCGUUCCGAAGGAUCUGGACCUUAUCGCGUUGCCCCAGCUCUGUUUUCCCGGUGGUCUUCAGAUGGCCAAUGAGCAGAGAGAAGAUGCUUAUCACUUCUUGGUUUUUACCGACCUGUUUGGGAACCGAACUCAUGGAGUUGUAGCGCAGUACUACAGAUCUUUGCAGGAAGCUGCCAUCCAGAACGGCCAUCGGUGGAUUUCAUCAAAAUAUCGUCUUUUCACGCCCUUCGCCGUGUGUGUCAUCUCCAAGUUCCCCUACUACAACGCCUUGAGGGACUGCUUGUCGUGUUUGCUGGUCCAGUUGCGGCCCACGAGACAAACCGACUUUGCGGAAGCCAUGAAGGAGUUUUCUGCCAAGUUGUCCCUCGUCCCUUUACCGCCUCCCGGACAACUACACGUGUCCUUUAGCCUCCGUCCCCUGCAAGUGGUUCUUCCAUCCAGGGAGGACCAGGACGGCCCCAUUAUCGACGUGGACUUGCACCUGCCUUUACUGUGUUUCUCGUAUACAACACUCCUCCAGAUUUUGUCUUACCUUCUUCAAGAACAACGGCUGGUCUUCUUCUCGUCCGACUGGGCCAGACUCACUCUGGUUGCCGAAUGCCUGCUGCUCUAUCUAAAGCCUCUCACCUGGCAGCACCCCUACGUUCCUGUGCUGUCUCGAGGAAUGCUGGACUUCCUAAUGGCGCCCACAGCCUUCCUAAUGGGCUGCCACAUUAGUCAUUUUGAAGAAGUGGCUGCAGAGACAGAAGAUCUCAUCCUGGUGAAUAUUGACGAUGGCAUUAUUCAGUCAUCCUGUGCGGAUGUCAUCGACUUAGCCACCAUUCCUCUGACUGCAGCUGAGUGCUUUAUUUCUAGAGCUGAGUCGCUCCAACUUCACUAUGACUUGGAGCUGUGUCACCUGGGAUCGGCCACCGACGCCAAUGCCUUCAGAGCUCAGCGGCGAGACUGGCAGAGACGACUCAACAAGCAGAUACAAAACAUCUGCCUGGAAUUGCUGGUCAAUAUCUUCAGAGGGGUCCAGGACUUUCUCAACCACGAGCACAGAGUUUUUAACAGUGAGGAGUUUUUGAGGACCAGGGAGCCAGCGGACCAGCCCUUUUACAAGAAGGUAUUAGACACUCACAUCUUUCACUCAUUCCUGCGAGACAGGCUCAACAGGAAACAGGACAGCUUUAGCCGCAUGGAGCAGAACACGCGCAACCUAGCGCACAGGAAUCGGGGCGUGACUGAUUCCCCCCGGCGUCCACCCAUGUCCGAACUGUCCCGGAAUGGCUACAACAGCUACACCAGCCCGGACAACCGACUGAGCAAGCGCCUGGGAGCCAGCAUGCCCAACCUGGACCAGUCGCUCCACGAAACUCUCACCGGCAUCAGUCCCGUGAGGCCGGCCUCUCUCCGGAAAAUGGCCCCCGACGUUGGGUUGAAGUUUCCUCAGAAGGUUGUCAAGGUUUUUCGCCUCCCUGAAUUCCCCCCUCCUUUGGCAUAUCAAUACGUUCAGAACUAUUAUUCGGAAAUGGUUGCGAGCCUAGGCAAGGCUAUUAGCGGUACUCCUCCUGAUGAAUCAGCUCUGCUGGCGAGGUAUCACUACCUACGUGGUUUGGUCAACACAGUCUCAAAUAGACGUCUGGACGCUUUGGAGAACUUCCAGAGUCUUUAUAAGACCGACUCCGACAUCUUUCCUUUGCAGAUGGUUAAAUCUCUGGUGGACUCCCUGCCAGAAGCUGACCGUUUACAGGCGGACAAGCGGCCAGAACUGAAGCGUCUCAUCAGCCGCCUUAAGCGGGACCAGGAGCGCGAGUCGCACGACGACAAGCACGAGGAAGGCGCCGUAAAACGCUUCCAGCUGCCGAAAAAGUACAUGCAGUUGGAGGAGUUUGUGAAGUGUGUCCAGGAGUCCGGGAUGGUGAAAGACCAGGGGACAAUAAAUAGGCUUUUUGAUGCUCUUACUGUUGGGCAUCAGAAGCAGGUUGGACCCGAGUUGUUUCGUGUUUUCUACACCAUCUGGAAAGAGACUGAGGCUGAGGCACAAGAGGUAUGCUUGCCUGCGUCUGUGUUGGAGCACAUCGAACCCAGCGAGUGCGUCUUCAAGCUGUCCUCCUCGGUCAAGACGAGCCGCGGCGUGGGCAAGAUCGCAAUGACCCAGCGCCGGCUUUUCCUGCUGACGGAGGGGCGUCCGGGCUACGUGGAGGUGGCGCAGUACAGAGAUUUAGAGGAAGUAAAAGUGUCCUCUGCUCCUUUCCUGCUCCUGCGAAUCCCCAGCUUGAAGUUGCGCGUGCGGGGCAGAAAGGAGGCCUUCGAGGCUAAUUUAAAGACGGAGACAGAACUCUGGAACCUAAUGGUGAAAGAGAUGUGGGCUGGACGCGACAUGGCCGACCAGCACAAGGACCCCCAGUACAUGCAGCAGGCCCUGACCAAUGCCUUGCUGAUGGACGCGGUGGUGGGCAGCCUUCAGAGCAGCAAGGCCACUUACGCCGCUUCCAAGCUCGCUCACUUUGACCGGAUCAAGAUGGAAGUGCCAAUGAUGGUUCCCAGGACAACCGCGGAGACACUGAAGCACAAGAUUAACCCUUCCUUGGAACUCGCCGCGCCUCGUGCCGUUGACGUUCUUCUCUACACGCCAGGUCAGUUGUGGGUGUCGGUAAGCGGAGGCAAGGUGAUGGUGUUCGAUGCCUCCAGCUGGUCCCUGACGCACACUUGUCAAGUCGGGAAUGCAAGACUGAACUGCAUGCUGGAAGUAGACAAAGACCAAGUGUGGAUGGGUUCAGAGGAUUCUGUCAUCUACAUCAUCAGCAUGGUGGCCAUGGUCUGCAACAGGCAGCUGACGGAUCAUAGGUCUGAGGUCACCGGACUCGCUCUUGACACUGACAAAUACAGUCAGAAGGUGGCGUACUCCUGCAGCGCAGAGGGAACCGUCAUGGCGUGGGACGUGUCCACAUUGCAGGUGAAGAAGAACUUUCGUCUCUCCUGUGACCGCCUGCACUCAGUGCACAGUUGCAACGUGACACUAUGGUGCUGUUCCAGGGACAGCAUCAUGGAAGUGUGGCGGAACGGCUCUUUAAAGCAUCGUCUGCACCUGCCCGAGCAACACAGAGGCUCUGCGGUGACAUUCAGCUCUGUUCUCUUAUUGCCUGAGAGGGAGGAGGUGUGGAGCAUAUGCGCUGAUUCCGGAGACGUAUGCAUUUGGCACACGAAAGACACGUCAAAGCCCUAUCACCGCGUGGCGCUACAGGACUGCACCGGAUGCCAGUGCAUGAUUAAAGUGAAAAACCAGGUGUGGGUCGGCGGAGUUGGCCGCACCUCCACCAAAGGGAAGGUCUACAUACUGGACGUGGACCGCCGUCUGGUACUCAAGGAACUCCACGGCCACAGCGACAAGGUGACGGCAUUGUGCUCGGCCGAAGACCGCUACAUCCUCAGCGGCGCUGCCAAGCAUGACGGGAAGAUCGCCAUCUGGAAGGUGGAGUAGGAGGUAGUGUUGUUUACAAUCGGCGUCAUCUACCUGGACGGCUCCUCACAGGAUGUAUUCACUUGCGCACACCUGUGGAGGAAAAAUGGAGACUUGAUGCAGAAAAGCAGUUUCUCCUUCACCUUAUACCCUCAGUAUUGAAAGAAGUAUUAUGUUUUUUUGCUUUUGUAAGCCAGCCUGGCCUCCAGCUGUGAAUUCAGUUUAUUGAAACUUUUUAUUCUGCCUGGGAGUUUUGCUUUAAUGGCACCUCUUGGGAGAAGUGGCUAUAAAGACGUUAAAAGACACUAUAACCCUUGCAUGAACCCAGUCAUGAGCUUAUUUACCGGUAAGUACCAUAAUUUCACUUUAUUGCUGCUCUGUAUCAACUGUUUUGACACGAAAUACAGGGAUGAACUCGACCCGGCAACUUUACACUUGGAGAGCCUUAACAGACCCAUGUUAAAGCAGACAUUUUUCUGUCUCACUGUUUUUCUAUAAAGGGCACUAACACGAAAUUUGGAGACGGCGUCGACACGGCAACUGUACGGCUUUGUAAAAGCAGCCGUUUUUCAGACUUUUUCCACACCGCUAUUCUGUAUAAACUGCACCAACGCAGAAUGCGGAGACGAAAUUGACCUGGCAAUUUUAAGAUUUUGGAUGUUGUAUCAGCAGUAACAGAGGCUGGCAUUUUCUGACUUUUUUUCCAUGUCUCUGUUCUGUAAAAAGGGCACUGACAUAGAAUCCAUGGAUAGAUUUGACCAAGCAAUUUUUUGCCAUGGGAGUAUCAGAACUGCAACAAACACAUGUUAAAGCAAGCAUUUUUCCGUCUUGCUGUUUUUCUUUUAAUGGCACCGACACGGAAUGACGGGGAUGGAAUUGACACGGCAAUUUUACAUCUUCGAAUGAAUUCCGAGAUCCCAGGAAGUGAUUUGUGAAGUUUAACACCCCACACUCACGUCUCCUGCCCCGUCGUGUUGAAAGCAAUUGUCAACCGCCCGAGACACUGGCAUUUUUUGUCAAAUAAUUGUGGCAAUAAUCCCAUUUUUGCUGGGUUUUGUAUAAGACUACUAUAUGCUACUAUACAGCAAUUUUGAGGGAUCUCUGUAUAAAAGGGUACAGCAUACUCUGUGGUGUACAUCCUGGUCACAUAUUGUUGUUUUUGCCAUAUUGUACCGAGUAGCCUGGACAGAAGAUGCCUGUAGUUCAAAAAGUUAAAUUUCUGAGAAUUUGCAUGAUCAUCAUGACACUUUCUCUUUACCAUCACUGUAUAAUGGUCAGGUUUUUAAAAUUGACCCCUCUUCUAUAUAAAAUUAACUGAGAUGGAAUGGGGGGAUGAAAUUGAGCCAAAGGAGGUAAUGUCAGGCUAAAGUGGGUUCUGUGCAAAAGGUAAAGGUGGCUGGAUACACAGUAGGUUUUACAUUGCAGCUUCGAUGUAGCCUUUGGGGGGGUGGGGGGGGGGGGUCUCUGAAAGAAGCUUUCUUGCUUUCACUAGUUUUUGAUUCCCGUCCUGAUAUGACAGAAGUCAAAUUAUUCAAAUUAAAACAAGAAAAAUCAGGCCAGAAGAUGCCUCAAACAUAUUUAUAUAUCUCUAUUUAAUCUGUGCACUGUAGAUCAAUAGACAUUUUUACUGUGUAUCUGUACAUUGUAUUGUUAAUUUCAAUAUAAUGGCACGUUGUGUUGCGAAGGAAGAAACUUACCAACUUUGUACUGUAGUAUUUUUUUAAUGUGAUGCUUUGUAUGACACAACACUUGAUAUUUUUAACAGUAAACACAAUGUGCAAAAGUC